AUGGCAAGCAAUGUUCAAGGCAAGACGCUGUUAGUGGCCGCUUUUGAUUUUGGAACGACGUACAGUGGCUAUGCUUUCUCUCUCCGAGAUGACCCGAACAAGAUUCAGACAAACUGGAAUUGGUAUGCAGGAGGUGGUGCUUCCUUGAAAACUCCUACAUCCGUCCUUCUAAAUCAGAAAGGAGAGUUUCAUUCAUUUGGUUUUGAGGCUGAAGAUUAUUAUACAUAUCUGGCUGAAGAUGGUGCACAUGACGACUGGAGGCUUUUUCGGAGGUUUAAGAUGAUCCUGCAUAGUAGUGAGCACUUGAUGAAAGACGUUACAGUGGAGGACGUUUGCGGCAAACAGAUGGAGGCAUUCCCGCUGUUUGUAAUGUCGAUCGAGUAUCUGAAAAAAACAUCUUCUAACGCCGGUUGUCAAUCUAAAUGA